UUACCUCUCCUACCCAAAGGUUGGUUUUCCUCGGCGCUUUUCGCGUUGCUUUCCACGCCGCCGACUUAUUAGCCGUUUUCAAGUUCAGUCGGAUAGAAGUGCGCGUUGCGGCCGUUUUUCCAGCGCAUUUUCGUGAGCUCCUUCCUGCACUUUCGUCUCUGUCGGCGUCGUUCUGUGUUAUUUAUCACCUGUUCUGUUUGUUUACGUUUUGGAAUUUUCGAAUCUCGCGUCACGUUUUCGCGUUUCCGAUCUGCGUGGCCAACUUUGUUAUUGUUUACAUCGCGAGGGAGAGAAAGAGUUAUCAGCCGUCAACGAACUUCCCCGCGAUUUUUGAAGAGCGGCAAAGUUUCGUGCAGGAAUUUGGAUGCCACUCGAAACAUAAAGGGCGCCAGCAAUAUUGAAUCAAAUCGUCAAUGAAAAGUGAAGCGAAUAGUUGAAAAAUUCCAAACCCCAACCAAACCGUCCAACUGUAACGUUUCAGCGUCAUAGCGCGAGCGCGGGGGUGGCACGAAGUUGGAAAUAUCAAUCUUCGAUAAUUAAAAGCAAGUAAAACAGAAGCACGAGGAAGCAGAAAUCACAAAAUUGAAUGGUGUUUGUGUGUGUGCAGAAUUUAAAGCAGUUUUUCUAUGAAUCGAAUCGUCGUCGUCGACAAAGUGAAGUGAAGAGUGAUACACCUUCGCAGUUGAAUGGUUGAAAAGCAAUAUAAUUAAUUAAAUUUUCGGUACGAGUGGCUCCACCGUCCUGUGCUUUUGCUAUUUACAAAGUUGGGGACGCCGCCGUCGAGUAACCGUCGAGAGUUUUGCGCUCGUUAUUAUAGUUUAUUGGAUUCUGUGAGUUUUUGCGAGUGACACAACAGUGUGUUUGUAGACGACCCAGAAGGAACGCGAUACGGUUGCAUGCACACGGGCAGCAUCUCGGCAAAUCGGAUCAGCCAAUUGGAAUGUCAUUGAAGAAAGAAACCCUAUCGGAUGUACAGCUACACUUGGCUGCCUUACGCGGAGACGAAAUGUUGCUAAAACGAGUGCUGGACAGCGGCAAGGUGCACGUCGACUGCCGGGAUGAGGACUACACAACUCCCCUAAUUCUGGCGGCGGCCGGGGGACACACGGCCUGCGUCAUAGAACUGCUGGAGCAGGGGGCGGACCCCAAUGCGAGACGAGUUACCGGAACGACGGCCCUAUUUUUCGCCGCCCAGGGCGGCUUCGUGGACGUCGCCAGGAUACUGCUGAAAGCCGGCGCACCGGUGGACUGUUCCUCGGUGGACGGUGGGACGCCACUGUUCGUGGCCUGUCAGGGUGGACACGACAGCAUGGUUAGCGAGUUGCUGAGCUACGGGGCGAACGUUCAUGCCUGCAUGAAGGACCACGCGACACCGCUCUUUAUCGCGGCCCAGAACGGGCACAGUGCGGUGCUGAAGUUGUUGUUGGCGGCCGGAGCCCAUCCGGAUACGCCACGGAACGACGGGGCCACCCCGCUCUGGAUAGCGGCCCAGAUGGGACACGACCACAUCGUGAAGCUGCUGCUGCUGCACGGGGCCUUCGUGGAUGCGGUGCGAUGUGACGGUGCCACCGCCCUCUUCAAGGCGGCCCACAAGGGCCACAGCUCCGUCGUGCACGAACUCCUCAAGUACCGCCCCAACCUGGGCCAGAUCCCGAACGGCGAAACGGCCCUGCACGCGGCCGCCCUCUUUGGUCACCUCCCGGUGGUCAAGCAGCUGAUCGGUGCCGGCGCGGACAUCCUGGCCAAGAACGCCGAAGGGCUGACGCCGUUGCAAAUUUCGCGCCAACAAAAGUACCACGCCGUCUACCAGUACCUGAAGGAUCGCGAGCACUUUUUGCGCCACCAAAGUGCCAAGGCCGCCGCGGUCAGCACGGUCACGGUAGCCACCAGCGGAAACACGACGGCCUCGGUGGUCAACUCGGUGGCCAUCACCAGCUAGGCCGAGGCCACCGUUUCGUCGUCUUCCAGUGGCGGCGGCGGCGGCGGAAGAGAUUGAAAUAAUGUCGUUAAGGUGAGACCGGUGGUUCCGGAUUCGCGGCCAGUUUUUUUUUGUUUUGUUUUUCUUUCACUAUAAUUUAUUCACAAAAUGCAACAGAUAGAAAAAUUAGACUUACAAAUUAGCGUGUGUGUGUGGAGUUUGGGGGAAGAAUUAAGGUAGCAAUAAAAAAGAGAGGCGAAUUCCGACACACCGAAAAAACACAACAACUCUUGAAAACACACAGUCGUCCAAUUUAGUCACGAAUUAAGCUAGUUGAAGUAACCGCGAGGAGCUUUCGAUUUUUAGGAGGGAAUGACCAAAGAUCACGACGUAGAAACAAA